AUGUUUAUCUCACUUUAUUUUGCCCCACAAUCCAUAUUCUAUGUUUCUAUUCACACAUCUAAGUAAGUCAUAGGGGCAGUGUUGUAUUGUACUCUACUGUGGUGUGUGGAGUGAGCUUCCAGCUCCCAAGAAAGUAAAGAAGCUUGAAGAUCUGCAGAGAGAGAAGUGAAUAGAAUCAAGAUUCAAUGGAGAAAGCUCUGAUGAAAGUUGGAAGCAUAAAAGCUGGGAGCUUUUGGCUCACAAAGAAAGCUAAAGAAGAGUUCAACAACAUCUCCGGGGACAUCAAUGCUAUAUCAAACACUGUUGAAGAAAAGGCAAAGUGGAUUUUCAACAAGCUAAAAGGAAAGCCCCUGAAAAGCUUAGCGGAUCUUUUGCGAGAACACAAUCUACCACCUGGCCUUUUCCCGGAGAAUAUAACGAGUUUUGAAUUUGAUGAUUCAAAAUCGAAGCUGAUUGUGUACCUACCCUCUGCAUGUGAGGUCACCUUCAAAGACGGGUCUGUUGUAAGGUAUGCAACUCGGGUAAAGGGCAUUCUACUUAGAGACAAGCUCAUGGGCAUAGAAGGGAUGAAGACGAAAGUGAUAGUAUGGGUGAAGGUAACAAGCGUAUCCGUUGAAGGGUACAAGCCGGACAAGGUUUGGUUCAACGCGGGAGUGAAGAAGGCGAGGCCAAUGGAUGCAUACAACGUCCCUCACGAGGCUCUUAGAGUAAAUGAAUUUUGAAAUAAACAUGAUACAUAUGCUAUUUACUAUAUAUCCAUCAUAUCCUUAUUGGUUAUGCAAUGUGCUUUGCCUUUAGGUGCUUUGUUAUCCUUUUUCAACAAAGCCAUUCUACAAUGGAAAAUAUAGAAUGAAGCUGUUAAGAUGCUCUUGUGUUCU